CAAAAGUUUUGCACAUUCAAAACUCACUGUCAGUAGGAAAGUCGACCAUAGCUGCAAUAUGGCGCGUCUUGAUCCUGUUUCGAGCGACGACGACGCUCCGGAAGCAGUCUCUCACUCUGUUUCCAAACGAAAUGCUAAACGGGAGAAGAAAACCCUUCGUGACUUUGAGGCAGACGAAAACGCGCGGAAGAAGGCACAUAACCGGGAAAGAGAUCGGAAAUUGAAGGAGCGGGCAGUUGUUACGCGUCUGGGGAAGCUUUCUGAUAAUGCAAGGCGGACGGGAAAGCGGAAAGCUCCAAAGGAAUCUAAUGUCGAAAGUGACGAGUCCUCCGGUGGGGAAGAUGAUAUUCUUGAGGAUAACGCGUUGGAGAAGCGAAUGCGUCGUGCAAUGGAGGAUGCUGCUGAUGAAAUGGAUGACGACGACGAUGGGAAUGGCGACGGCGAGCUAGAGAAUCUGACAGAUGGAGGAUCAGGUGACAGUGGAGCAGAUGAAGAUAUGGCAGAGUUCGAUGCUGAAAGUGGGCUAGAAGAGGAUGAGGAGAUGACGAGUGGCAGUGAGGACGAAGCAGAAGACGAACACCGGCCUCCGUUGACAAAGUCAUCGGCCAAGGGACAAUAUCUGGAAGAUAGUCUUUUCGCGUCUGCAUUUGCUUCGCAAAGUGCGCUCGUAACGGCAGAUACUACUGCAACAAAGUCACUGCAAAAGGCGCAACCAUCGAGAAAACGGCAGCGACGGCCACUCACGCGCGCCAAAGACCUUGUUGUCGGAAAUCGUACUAUCCGUACCCUACCCAAUUCACUUGGGUCCAAAGUUCAUUCAACAGCUCACACCAUCCCAUCACAAAAGAUACGCAAAUUUAUCAAUCAAAGUCUUGGUAUUAAAGGUCGGCUAUCGUCUGCUAAAGCAAAAUCACGAGGAUGGGAGAGACGGCCAGCGAAUGUCGGUGUAAUGAAAUGGACUGGAGCACCUUCUGGUUUUGUUCGCGAUAAGCAAUAAAGAUUUAUGCCUACCAGUUGCGACAUUUAAACCCAAAGACGAACUCCGGAUGGCGAUGGAUUUGGGCACCUGUUACAUCCAGGAAUCACUCAAAGUCUGAUGGGAUAUCCAUCCUGAGAUGGAAGACGUUGACUAUCACUUAGUCAUCGCGACCUGCAGUUACCAUACAAUCGCAAUGACUGUUGUCACCGAGAGAUCUCACUCAGUAGUUUCUUCGUGGGGACGUUCCUGGAAUACAAUGGUUCCAAGUAGCAGCGUAGUUUGUUUGUUUCGACAAAUCUGUAGAUAUUCGGAAUUCAUUAGACUGAUGACCGCUGUCUACCCUCAA